AUGGACGAAGAAGCUGCAAUUAAAGCCCUGUCUAUGCCCGACAGGCCGAUUUCAUUCGUCCCAACCAAGGCUGGCGAGAUUAUUCGCAUUGGGGCCGUCAUCUGUCGGAUUAUGGAGGACGGCUUGAACACCGAUAACCGCAUUGGCGCUGCCGAAUUUACUGUUCCCCCGGGGAUGGACGGACCUCCCGCCCACUGGCACGAGAUGCAUGAUGAAACGUUCCUCGUCACGGCGGGGACGAUCCGUUUUCAUGCGCCCGAGGGCAAGAUAGUUGAUGCCCAGGCAGGAGACUAUGUCGUGGUGCCGACGCGUGCACCUCAUACCUUCUCCAACCCGGCGCGUUUCUUCAAUACCUUCACUUCUGCUUACUAUAUCAACUACUUCAAGCUGAUGGAGAAAAUGUUCAAGUCUGGUAUGCCGAUGAACGAGGAUACAGUUCAGCAGGCAAUGUCGCACUUCGCCAUGCUUCCAGCUGAUGAGGAGAAGAUGAAGGCGAAGCCGGCCGAGCGGCCUAACUGA